GAUGGAUAUCAGAACUACAAAGGCACAACACCUUGAUCCGAAUUGGAAUAUUUUAUCACCUUUAAUUAAUGAUAGAACAGACUUUGAAAAGCAAAAAUCUCAUGACAAUGUUUAUUAUAAUUUAUAUGAUUUCUAUAUGGGUAUAAGAAAGUAUAAAACGGAAGAAAUGCCUCUAAUGACUUUAUACUAUGAGAAUUUUAAACGGAAAGAACCGUUAUUCCCGUCGGAUGAGGAUAGAACUCUAUUUUUCAAAAGUGAAAGGAAUAAGGGAAAUUUCGUACCGAAUACUAAAGAACAAUUAAAAGGUGUUAUUCAAGUUGUUAAGAACGCAACAUUUAAAAUGUUUUACGAUUGCGGGUUUAGAUCAAACGUCGAAUAUUUCAGUGAGACGAGAAGAGCAAAUAGACAUUAUAGAAUUUUAGCCCCAAUGAUUAUCCCAAUGGGUUAUUUAUUUCAACAUUUCUACGACGGUACAUUACCAAAGUUAGUACAAGCGUGGGAAAUUCUAAGGAGACCCGAGGUUACUGUUCUACUAGAGAGACCUUUUCACAAAAAUAUUUUUCUUCUUCUGACAAAGUUUAAUAUAACGAACGAAAGAAUAGUUUGGCAUAGAAGGAGCGACUAUGUUACUGUCUAUAGUGCGGAUUAUCUUAUAUUCGCUUGUAUAGCUCCUCCUCUUCAUCCAGUUCUUUGGAAACAAGGGCGAAGAUUUCUUGGAGUGCCGGAUCGCAUAACAGUUCCUAAAAAUGAAGCCACUAUCAUGUUACUAACAAGAGCCGGUGCGGUCAAUCCUGGAAGAAGAAUUCAUAAUAAAAGAAAUGUCAUCGAUUAUUUGGCGUCACGAUAUAAAGAGAGAUUAAUAGUUUUCGAUGCAAAAUAUAAUUUAGAGGAAGCUAUUAAGGUUUUUUCUAAAACUUCUAUUAUAAUAGGAACACAUGGAGGAGCUCUUUAUAACAUGAAUUAUGCAUCUUUGGAUGUUGCUGUGAUAGAAUACGUUCCCGUAACGAAGACAGGCUACGAUAUUCCCGCAUUACCGCAUGCAAUAUUCUGGGCAAUAUCUGAUCUGACUGGACAAAAAUAUUGGAGGGUUCAAGCCUAUCCUGCAAAUCACGUCAAUGAUAUGGUUAUUGAUAUACCAAAAUUGACUAAAAUGUUGGAUAUAAUAGAUCCAGAAACUAAGAAUUCUGUUAACAAACACAAUGAAGAUAAUCUAUUGAUUAAUUGA